UGCUCAGGUUGUUGUGUGUGAUGAAAGAUCCUGCAGAUUCCUCCCACUCAAACAAGAGAUUCCCUUCCAUUCAGAAUGGGAUUCAAGGAGAUUUUUCCCCUGAGAUGCAGACGUUGUCAAAGCUGAGUCUGGAGGAUAAACAGAAAGAUCAAAGUAUCACACAAAAGAUCAAUGUGAAUGCAGUGAUGACGGGUGAUGAAGGUUCACCGUCUUUAUUAAGGUUUGGCAUAACGUGUGCAGCUACAGCAUCAAAUGUCAACAAUAGUCUUAUGGAUUACACUGGUAUGUCCAAUGAAAAUACAGAGUUCUGUGUCACGGAGAAAAUAAUUAACUUUACUACUCAAACAACAAGUGAAGAGAUGGAAUUCUCUAGUUGUAGAAAUGAUUCCCUACAGGUGUGCCUUACCACAAGUGCCACAAGUGCUGUUUUAUCUGAAAACUCCUUCACAGCAAAAAGGGAAGGGACUCCUACUGAAGAAAAGUCAGAAGAAUAUUUGACUUUGACAGAAACACAGGUUACCCCAAUACAUUUGUUACCAGCAACCAUGCCUAAGUUUGACUUGUUGAGCACCAGUGAAACAUGCACAGAAAAGGAUAGUUCAACAAAAGUUGCAGACUUACUAAAACCUCUCAGUAAUGAUUCAGUGACUGGAACCCCACUACACAUGUCCUCAUUUAAAUGCCUUUUGAAAUCCCAGAACACUUUGCCAGCAGAGGGAGAAUCAGACAGCCAAGAAAACACGCUGCCCAACAAACUGCUAACACAAUUGAACAGCAUACCCUCACGGUCUACACUGGAUCCAAACAUGAACCUGCAGGAUGAAGGAGAGUGCAGUGCAGUGCUCUCCAGCACUGCAGAGGAGGAGCUGGUAUGGCAAGGGAACCUUAGCAUGAAAAUUGAAAAGCAGGAUGCCCUUUCCACAUCCAACAUCAGUCACAUGGCUGUCAGUGAUGAGUGUACCCAAAUAAUGGCAGUGCAUUUCCAUUCUGGAAUGCACACUGAGGAAAUUAAUAUGCAAUCAGGACAUCCAAUGGAAUCUGAAACACAGGAAGAUGCAUUAGGUUCACUACAGGUCUCAGAAUCUUUCAAGAAUUAUUCUACUGAAGGACAGUCUAAAAAUGAUAAUUCAGAUACUUCAAAGGAUAUGUCAUGCACAAGUAUCACCUUGUCCAAUCAAGAUUUGUCUUGCAUAGGAGGAGAGGGCAGAGCAAAACAAUACAGAUUGCAGCAGAUUGCAUAUAGCAAACUACCAGAACUGGAAAAGAGCGAGAGGAGUGGUCUAGCAGAAGAAAAGACUUCAAGUAAAAUUUCAUCAGCUCCAACAUUUAGCUUUGUACUUCAGGACAGUAACACUGGCCAUGAUGUUGUGAAGCCUACCUUUGUUGUUCAGGAGCACUCAUCAGAAUUAUCAAGCGUCACUAGCAGAAACCACAGUCAGACAGGCAAGGAAGUGGAUCAGAAGUCUGCUAUAAGGUGGACAGCAUUGCAUGAAGCCAGUUUAGCUGGCUCUUAUACUGUAGCACUGGAACUGCUGAAAGCUGGUGCUGAGGUGAACUGCAAAGGGAGAGGUGGAAUUACACCCUUGCAUCAUGCAGCCAAACAGGGACAUCAUUUGAUGGUGAAUUUGCUCCUUCAAAAUGGAGCUGACCCUUUACUGAAGAAUGAUGAAGGGAAAACUCCAUGGGAAGAAGCUUCUGACAACCAGUUAGCAGAACUGAUUAAAAGUUACCCACUGAAACCGGAAACAUCAGAUUCUCAAACAGGAUCACACCAGAUUAAUAUGAAAGGCUCAGUGGAGUGCAACAAACCAGAAAGGAUAACCAGGAGCAACGGAAAAAGAUACGCUCAAGAGGGGGGAAAGAAAAACACAGAAGAGACCUGCCAAGAGCCUGAGAAGCAUUCUACAGUCAUAACCGGGAAUAUCUCAAAAUCCUCAAAACCUAUCAGAAACAACAACAGAAGCUGCUGUCAGCUUAACAAGGAAGCACUACAAGAAAACGCUGAAAGUAAAGUUUUUAUAAUUUAUAUAUAUGUAUUUUUAUAUCAAAUACAUUUUUUUAUAUAACACAGAGAGAUUGGUUUCAUUUAUAAAACAUAAGAAGCAAUGUUUUACUGACAAUGUAAAAUGUACAUGUGCUUCAUCAUUUCACUGAAAAUUUCCCUUCUAAAACUGUUUGAUUGUAUUAGCACCUUCUGCUUUCAAACCAGUAAGCCAUCAGUUGACAAAGGAUGUGCCAUGAUUUGAUUGAUUAU